AAGCGCAAAGGUUUGGGGUGGGCCACAAGUACUGGCUUUGGGGUAGGCCGUUCCCAUAGACUCUAUGCUAUAACUUUUCGUUUGGGGUGGGCCGUGGCCCCCAAAUUAUUAGGCUCGUUACGCCACUGGCAAAGAGUUGUAAGGACGUCCGUACAAUGAGAUAGAUGCUUUGCUGCUGGAGAGCCACUUGCCAAAGGAGACUUUGAACGAACAAGAUAACCAGAUUCAGAAUCUUCGGCUAGUUCCCAUUGGAUUUGAUUUUCGUGUCUUAUCUCGCAGUAUCUGCACAGUACGCAGAGGACAAUUUCGGGUGCUGGUAGCCUGGAACAGCACUUUAUAUGGCGCAGCUUGGCGCUGCAAAUAUCUUCAAAUAAUGUAGUUCAGUGGAAUCCGCAUGUGUUGAGUCUCCUUGUGUGAGGCGGUUUAUCGGAUGAAUUUCCACCAUUUUCGCAAAGGAAUAUCUUUUGCGAUAACGUUGAAUUCUGCCAUCAUCGACUGGCAGCCCGUCUGCUGCCUGGCUUCGCUUCGGAAAAAUGAAUUUCGAAUUGGUCGAUCUCAACCAGCCCUCAGCGGAAGUGGACAUUUCCAUUACGGGAAUGACAUGCGCUUCCUGUGUGAACUCCAUCGAGAGUGGAAUGCGCAAGGUGGAAGGCAUCAAAUCCGCUUCCGUCGCUCUGACCACGGGCAAAGGCCGAUUUCAGUACAAUCCGAAACUGAUAACGCCCGAACGCAUAGCGGAAGAAAUAUCGGACAUGGGAUUCGAUGCCACUGUGAUAGGAGAACAUAAAACUUACGACAUCGACCGCACCGAGGAAACCGUUGAUCUUAUAAUUUCUGGAAUGACAUGUUCGUCAUGUGUCCACACGAUAGAAUCGGGACUGGCGGACCUGCCGGGCGUUUUAUCAGCGUCUGUAGCGCUGUCCCUCAGUAAGGGUCAUUUCCGGUUUGACCCGACGAAAACCAACGCUCGAAAGAUUAUGGAAGCCAUAGAUGAUAUGGGUUUUUCCGCUUCGUUGCCGUCCAAAAAGGUGUUUGAUCCUCAAAAAGAACACCGAGAAAGUAUUCGCAAAUGGUUCCACUCCUUUUUGUGGUCAUUAAUAUUCGGUCUCCCCUGCAUGAUUAUCAUGCUGAUUUUCAUGACGCGCCAUUCACAAGGAUUCCACAGCGAGGAUCUGGUGCCUGGUCUUUCGUUGGAAAACCUUCUGCUUUUCUUAACCAGCACACCCGUUUUGAUAUUCGGUGGACGAUUAUUUUUUGUCCAGGCCUUUAAAGCAAUUAAACAUCAAUCGGCCAACAUGGAUGUACUGAUCAUGCUUGCCACAACCAUAUCAUAUGUUUACUCCUUGGUUAUGGUUAUCGUAGCAAUGGCGCUGCGAUUGCAAAGCCCGAUGGUCUUUUUCGAUACGCCUCCGAUGCUGCUGAUGUUCAUUUCUCUUGGGCGCUGGCUGGAGCAUAAAGCUAAGAGUAAAACGUCGGAAGCUCUUGCCCGACUUCGCUCACUUCAGGCUACGGAAGCAAUACUAUGCGAAAUAGAUGGACAGAAUAAUAUCUUAUCCGAAAGAUCCAUAGAUAUCGAAUUGGUGCAGCGAGGAGAUGUAUUGAAGGUUGUUCCUGCAACCAAAAUCCCGGUUGAUGGUGUUGUGAUCGAUGGCAGCAGCAGUGUUGACGAAUCAUUAAUUACCGGCGAAGCCAUGCCGGCGCCGAAGCGCCCAGAUGAUGUGGUAAUCGGUGGGUCCGUCAAUCAGAACGGUGUUCUGAUUAUUCGAGCCACACAUGUUGGAUCGGAUACCGCCUUGGCUCAGAUCGCGCGAUUAGUGGAAGAAGCUCAAACAAACAAAGCGCCAAUUCAGAAAUAUGCCGAUAAAAUUGCCGGCUACUUUGUGCCGAUGAUCAUCAGUGUGUCCAUGAUCACUGUCGUGGCUUGGAUCAUUGUUGGCUAUGUGGAUCCCGAGGCCAUUCCAGACUCCAUGGCUGGUGAUAGGCACACUUUCGUUACUGGAGGCAACGGGAAUGACCAUAGUACCACGCAGCACCACAUGUCGUCAGCAACUUCGAGCGCCAUGACAAAUAGCACGCCGGGUAUCCACCAUGUGGACACCUCGUACCACCCCACUGACGAGCAGAUUUUCGAGUUUGCCUUCCGCUGCGCCCUUAGCGUUCUUGCCAUUGCUUGUCCAUGUGCAUUAGGUCUUGCCACUCCGACGGCUGUGAUGGUUGGUACGGGAGUUGGGGCUUUGAACGGCAUUUUAAUCAAAGGCGGCGAGCCACUGGAAACCGUACACAAGAUAAAGUGUAUUGUGUUCGAUAAAACCGGUACUUUAACAUACGGAAUGCCACAGCUGACCAAAUUAUGUCUUUUUGUUGACCAUGCUGUUUGCUCCAUUGGAAAAUUCCUUGCCAUCGUCGGAACGGCGGAAGUCAACAGUGAGCAUCCUAUAGCCGUUGCUAUUACCAAAUUCGUGAAGGAGAUUCUCCAGGUGGAGAGUUUUGCUAAGUGCAGCGAUUUCUACGCCGCCCCGGGGUAUGGCCUGAGUUGUAGAGUGGGCAAUUUCGAAUCAUUGGUAUCGUUAUACGAGCAAAAGGAUCGGUUAGAAAUUUCCAUGCAUUCGAAAGAUGUGAAGUUGUCCGGAGUGACCGUGGAGUCACUGCCUCUACUGAGUAGUCGUAACGCUACGCCGCAGACGGAGAACCGAACCUCGCUUGUACAGCAGAAUGGCGCCACGCACCAAAUACUCAUCGGAACCCGUGAGUGGAUGCGACAGAAUGAUGUCGCCGUAUCGGAUGAAGUCGAUGAGAUGAUGGUUCGACAAGAAAGCCGUGGUGAAACCGCUGUCCUGGUGGCCAUUGACGGAUUGUUAAUCGGCAUGAUGGCGGUGGCCGACAAAGUAAAGCCCGAAGCUCGUCUGGCGGUAUACACUUUGCAGAAGAUGGGUCUGGAUGUGGUUUUAUUGACCGGCGACAACAAACGGACCGCGAGAGCUAUCGCUGCUGAGGUAGGGAUUCGCCGGCGAAAAGUAUACGCCGAAGUUCUUCCUUCACAAAAGGCGGAGAAGGUGCGUCAGCUGCAGCAGAAUGGAGUGCGGGUAGCGAUGGUGGGUGAUGGGAUUAAUGAUUCGCCGGCGCUGGCGCAGGCGGAUGUGGGAAUAGCCAUUGGGUCGGGAACUGAUGUGGCCGUGGAGGCAGCGCAGAUAGUCCUGAUACGAAAUGAUCUCAUUGAUGUUGUAGCAGCUGUUCUCUUAUCCCGAAAAACGGUGAAACGCAUACGGAUUAAUUUUAUUUUCGCUAUUGUGUACAAUAUUAUCGGCAUUCCAAUCGCUGCAGGGGCGCUUCGGCCACUGCGGAUUGUGAUCGAUCCGUGGAUGGGCGCGGCGGCCAUGGCGUUGUCCUCCGUGUCCGUCGUAACGUCCUCGCUUUUAUUGAAAAACUUCCGUAAGCCCACGAGGGAACAACUGGAAACCCCUGAAUUCCUCAACGGCGUUAGUCCCAGUAAUCAAAUUGAGUUUUAUCCUGAUCGCGCGUCCGAUACGCCGACGGGCAGCGCCAGCGGCAGCGACGUGGAGACCGACUCCAUUGUUUUUGACAUGAAUGACUCGUUGACGCGACGGUUGAAGAAGGUGAUGCACGGUGGCAAGAAUAUCAGAAGGAACAGCGAUCAAGGCUAUCGUUCUGUCUCGAUGGCGUGAUAACCUCGACAUGCGUGGAAGGCGUUCUAAAGUGUCUGGAAAAUGUAUUUAUUCGUUGAUUCUAGUUGAUUUUUCUGUGAGACACGGUUUUAAUGGAAACUAGUCCACUGAUUUCUGCGUUAAGUUGCAUUUUUACUUUUUAUUACUGAUGAUGUGCAGUGUGCUCUCGCUGCACAUGGCAAAUUAUAUGGUGAUAACUGUAAAUGUCCAGAAACAGCUGUGAAUAUGAAAACAUAAAUCGAUUUAGUUUAGCGAUUUCUUCGAGUGCAUUUAAUG